AUGACAAUUCCAAGAUUCCUCCCCCAAUCAUCUCAAGGAUUUCUGGCCAUGUUUGCCCGCCGUAAGAAGUUCGUGCUUCUCUUUCUCUUCGCUUUUGCGAUUAUUAAUGUUUCGUUGAUAUGCCUUCUUGAUCGACACCACACUAGCUCCCCUUCCAGUGUCGCAGCCCCUCUAACAUCAUGCCAGGAUCUUAUUAUCGCACAGAAACAUGACGGCUCCUUCCGUCGUAUACAUCACCUGACGAAUUCUUGUCCUCUCCAAGCUGGAAUGAACAAGCCGCCAACCAAGUUGGGUUGUUUUGCCCACAAUCCCACCAAACCGCCGCUGUCUGCUGUUCACUACACCUCGCCGCAAAACAAUUCACCCGCCUUCUGUGUUGCCUCCUGUCGGUCUGCUGGGUUUGCCUACGCGGGACUCCAGGGUAGCGUACACUGUUGGUGUGAUCGCACGUUGCCAUCGUCGUCGUCAUCCCCGCUGACCCCUGAGCAUUGCCAUCUUCCCUGUCCAGCUACCUUACCGUCGCAGGCCGCCGAUCGCCCAUCCUGCGGUGCCGCACUUGCUGUUGAUGUCUACAACACCGGUGCUGCGGAACGCAUCUACAAGACACUGACCUCUUCGCAUGUUGAUGCGUGGCAACUGGAUGAAACGAAUGACGUCAGCAUAGUCUAUGUGCUUGUCUUCACAGGUCGCAGUUGGCGUCAUAUUCAGCGCAGUUUCCGGCUUCUUUAUCACUCCUCCAACUACUACUACGUCCACGUUGACAAAGUGAGUACCUUUUUGUUUAUUUCAAAUAAUCACGGACUGAACACGUGA